AUGGCGUCUGCUCUUGGUCGUUUUGCUGUGCCGGCCACCACAACGAGCACCACAACAGGCACUACAACAACGACGCACCCCUCCUCGGACAAGACCGAGACUGCACAGCAAGAACAGGCUUCAAUCCUUCCACUGCCGGCACCCAGAGAGCCCUGGCCGCGGCCAUACUAUAUCAAGGACGGUCUACGUCGCGUCACUCCGUAUUUCUACACGUACAACACGUGGUGCAAGGAGCGAUGGCGAGGUCUCCAGCUGAUCGAAAUCUUUGAGAGCGAAUUCAGGGAUCGACCAAUCGAGUAUUACCGCGCCGCCAUGGAAUCCGGCCAGAUUUGCGUUAAUGGCAAGGUCGUGGGUCCGCACUACGUUCUCAAAAACGGCGACCUCGUGUCCCACACAGCCCACCGCCACGAGCCGCCAGUCACUGCGGAGCCCAUCGCCGUCAUUCACGAGGAUGAUGACAUGGUUGUUAUAAACAAGCCUUCCGGGGUGCCCGUCCAUCCCGCCGGUCGCUACAACUUCAACUCGGUCGUCGAGAUCAUGAAAGCCGAGAGGGGCCCCAACUUCGCACCACACCCUUGCAACAGGCUGGACAGGUUGACGAGCGGCAUCAUGUUCAUCGCCAAAAACCCCAAGGGAGCCGAUCGUCUGGGCGCCCAGAUUUUUCAGCGCAGCGUGCGAAAAGAGUACCUAGCUCGAGUCGUCGGCCGCUUCCCUGACGGCGAGGUGGUGUGCGAUCAGCCCAUCCUCCAGAUCUCACCCAAACUCGGCCUGAACCGCGUGCGAGCCAACGGGAAGGCUGCCAGGACCGUUUUCAAACGUCUGGCUUACUACCCCCCGUCCCAAAAACGAGACGACGAGCCCGCCGCGGCCGGACAGCCGCCUGAUGCAGCCACGCAGCGAGAGGACGGUCGGUCCAGGGCAGAUGAGGGCUACUCAAUUGUUCGAUGUUUGCCCUUGACAGGCAGGACACACCAGCUCCGCGUCCAUUUACAGUUCCUUGGGCACCCGAUCCAGAACGACCCCAUUUACGCCAACCGAGGUGUCUGGGGCAUUGAUCUAGGCUCCAACGAUCCCGAUGCGAGCAGGAACAGUGACGAGGACAUCAUCGCUCGCCUCUCGCGCAUGGGCAAAGACCAGGUUGCAGAUGCGGUUGCCUACUACGACGAGAUGGUUGAGGAUUACCACAAGAAGAAGGCUGAAAAAAUGUCGGGCGAGGUCUGCAGCGUCUGCAAAACCCCUCUUUAUACCGACCCUGGACAGCAUGAGCUCUCCCUCUGGCUCCACAGCCUCCGCUACGAGGACACCGAAGGUGCAUGGAGCUAUACCAGUCCGUUGCCCGCUUGGGCCUUGCCGCCAGAAGGGACAAGUGGCCCGACUAAGGUUGGAGGCAUGGAGGAUCUCCUGAGCGCCGCGAGAACCAGCCAGGUUGAGUGA